CGGGGAGCGGAUCCCGCCCCGCGCCGCCGCAGGCCGGGGCUCGGCACUUCCCCCUCCCGGAACCAGCCGAGCGCCGGGUGCCCGCGAUUGGCCGCUUGUGGCCCGGCCGGGGAUAUCCCAUGGCGCGCCGGGCCCGGCCUGCAGAGCCGGGGGAUGGAGGCGCAGCCGGGCUUCUCCGAGGAGCGGUUCCAGGCCGCCUGCCGGGAGCUGAGCCAGCCGGCCCCGGCCCCAGGGGGAGCCUGGCAGCUCCUGGUGGAGACUAUGGGCAUCGGUAUCUACCGGCUCUACCACGAGCAAUCAGGACUUUAUGAGUAUAAAAUCUUUGGUGGCCUUGCCGAUUGUCCCCCAGAGUUGCUUGCAGAUGUCUAUAUGGAUUUAGACUACAGAAAACAAUGGGAUCAAUAUGUUAAAGAGUUAUGUGAGAAGAUUUAUGAUGAGAAGAGAAUAAUCUACUGGGAAGUGAAGUACCCUUUCCCUUUGUCAAAUAGAGAUUAUGUGUAUAUUCGUGAACGUCGUGAUAUGGAGGUUGAUGGGCGGAAGAUCUGGGUUAUGCUGGCUAAAAGCACGUCUCUUCCUCAGUGUCCAGAAAAACCUGGGAUUAUCAGAGUAAAUAGUUAUGUGCAAAGUCUGGUGCUUGAGAGUGAUGGCAAGACUGGAUCCAAAGUUUACAUGUAUUACUUUGAUAAUCCUGGUGGCAUGAUUCCGUCAUGGCUCAUUAACUGGGCAGCCAAGAGUGGAGUAUCUGCUUUCCUCAAAGAUCUGCAGAAGGCUUGCUUUAAUUAUUGCAAGAAAACCUGAAUUGCUGCUUCGAGUCUCUCUCUGAAUUGUUUGUUGAUUUGAUUUCCAAAAUUGGAUGCUUCCAAGGACGACUGUUGUGAAACAUUGUUGGAUGAAAUCUACCUCCUGAGAUCUUCUACUCAUUAUAGUUAGGUUCCAUUGGCAUAUGCCUUCAAAGUGGUCAAGCCUUUAUUUUUUCAUUUGCCAUCUCUUGUGCACUUUAGCUUCAACUGCUGAUGCAAUUACUACCUGCUUUUCAAAUAGUUUCCUUCCUUUUUAUCCCAUUCGUUCGCCCCCACCCCCAAUUCUGUAUGCUUUGGAACUUUGGCUUAUGUUAAAUCCUCAACAGAGAGUAGAGCCCGUUACUGCGUGUUGGAGAAGAAUACUGUAAAAUGGCAGCUUUUUAAAGUAAAUUUUGAUUCUUGUGAUGAAUCAGGUCUCUGUAUACAUUAGAUAACCAGUUCUGGCAGGUGUUGCCUUGCUAAUAAAGUCCUUCUGCCAAAACUGGCUGCCCCUUGAAGGCGCUCUUAAGUCUAAUGCACUGGAUACUUUCCAUGAUCCUAAGUAUGUUUCUUUAUCCCGUCUUUUCCUAAAUUUUAUCCUGUAUUUAUUGGGAGCUGAGAUUCAUUGAUCAGAAAUGCACAUCCUGCUUGCUGGCCAUCCAGGGGGAGGAUAUUUGCUAUAUGUGUUGAUAGAUAACCUGCAGCCCACACUGCGACUCAUGCUAUUACAGGGUAUAAUUAAGAGUUUUGCUAUGAUCAUGUCUUCCAUUUGCAUUUAAACAGGCAUUUGACUAAGUCCCAAUACUGGAAUUUUUGUAUCUAUCAAAUCUAAUAGUUUGUACCUACCAUGCUUUUGCCACAUCCAGUUAGUUGAGGGGAGGAUGGAAGAGAUCUACAUAUAAUAAGUAAAAUUGUGAUUUGAAAUAAGACUGAAUGAGUCAGUUCCUUGUUCUGCUCUAAUGAAAACCAAUUAGUGUACAAAGUCUAUCAAGCCCUUACCUGGAAGAGUUCUGUGAAAAACACAGCUCAGAUAUCAACUAUAACUUGAAAUCCUUUUAGGACUGUCCCAGUAUCAGACAUUAUCAGAGGAUCUCCUAACUGUCAUGCUAGGGACUAAUUUUAAGGUUCUGCUUCUUCAUUCUUGAUCUGACAUGGGGAUCAAUGGCUGUCUUAAGGAUAGCUCCUGUUACCAAGUUUGAUACAAGGAGAGAAGACCAAGAACCAAACUUUCCAGCUGAUACUAUAACUUAAGAAAUCCCAGUAAAAGAGGGGAAAAAAAUCACAUGUAAAACCUCCAUGUGAGUGUGUCUGUGUGGGGAGAAUAUUGAGGGAAAACACUUUCACAAAGGUGAUGAUAUCAUAGACAUAGCCCAUGCUGUUAAUCUAGCCAGAUGCACAGCCUUCAGUGGAAUGGCAAAUCUUCUCCGUAACUAACGACCUAUACGCAUUUCUGUAUAUAAAAGUAAUAAUGUAAGUUAUUUGCCUUUAUACCUUAUGUGCUCUGAAUGGUAGCUGAUUGAACUAAAAACAAAACCUUGAAAUUA